UGUAUGACGUUAUUCGACUUGAUCUCAUGAGGCAUAAUCCGGCGUGACACACAGUGAUCGAUACUUUACUCAGUGAUUAACAUCAAUUUUCAUAUUUUGAAGUAUUUUUCAUUGAUGCAGUAACAUGCAUGGCGGAUUCAUACAUUCUGUUAAAGUCCCGAGACUUUAUAAAUUUUCUGCUAAGGUCGUUCGAGAUAUCCGCGAAAAAGGUGGCAGUCUCAAAUCGUUAAUUUACGAAAAAAAACAUCCUAAUGUGUCUGGGAUGUACGCCUUGUGCCUCAACACAUUAAACAAAGAGGAGCAAUUAAAUUUUCUUUUAACUGAAACCGGUAUAUUAACGAAAGAGCCACGUUUGGAUCCAUGGUUAACAAAAGUUCUUAUAACCGAAUUGCUCUGGGGAAAAAAAGCCUUGAAAACCGAUUGCAAACCUGCUCAAACCAUACUUGCGUAUCAGAAACAACUACAGCAAGCAUUGUUCAAAUCAGAAGCAUUACCGUCAUCUAACACAACAGUUCGAAAGCCAAGAUACGUUCGUGUCAACACUUUAUUGCUAUCGGUAGAAAACGCAAUAUCUUGUUUUCAAGACGAGGGAUGGUCACUUCUUCCAGAAUGUCCGAAUUAUAUGGCUCAUCUUGCAGUCGUAAAAAAUUUAUCGAAGCCGAAGUUUAUUCAAGAUUUUCAUAUUCCUGAGUUAUUUGUUUUCCCACCUGAUACUAGUUUUUAUAAUCAUUAUGGAUACCAAAAUGGACAAAUUAUUUUACAAGACAAGGCCAGUUGCAUUCCAACGCAAUUGUUAAAUCCAGUACCUGGGUCUGUAGUACUGGACAUGUGUGCAGCUCCAGGGAUGAAAACAACGCAUUUAGCUACGCUUAUGAAGAAUAAAGGGAAAAUUUAUGCGGUAGAGCUGAUGGAACAGAGAUACGAGACUUUGUGUGAACAAGUAAAAAUAACAAACUCCACUUGCGUAGAAACUCGUAACGACGACUCGAUGAUUAUCGAGGCGGAUGAUUAUCCUGGCGUGGAAUAUAUCCUAGUUGAUCCAAGUUGUUCUGGCUCAGGUAUGUCGGAAAGACAGUUAGUUAAAGACGCAAAAUGUUCGCCGCAGCGCCUCAAACAAUUGCAAGCAGUUCAAGUAUUUCUUUUGCGACAUGCACUUCUAAAUUUCCCAAACGUAAAAAGAGUUGUUUAUAGUACAUGCUCCAUUUAUCCAGAAGAAAACGAGCAAGUUAUAGAUGAAAUUAUCAAUGACGUUAAAAAUGCUUAUAAACUCGUAUCUAUUAAGGACAUGUUCGGUGAAAAUUGGAAGAAUUACAGUUCGAAGAAUUAUAAAUGUUCGGACAAGUGUCUUUACGCUAACUUCGAAGCAGAUAUGUGCAACGGUUUUUUUGUCGCGAUGUUCGAACGGGACUUUAAUGUAUCUUUGCCGGUGUACAACAGGCGCAACGGAAGUCAUCUAAUAAAGAAAGAACCGUCGGAUGAGAUGAAACAAUUGGAUACUGUAGACUCGAAAAAAGUAGGCGAAACACGGAAACGGAAGAAGCGUAAGAAAAAAAAUACCGCGAAUCAAUUGCAAAACAAUUCCACGGGAGAAAGUGUUUUAAACGAGUCCUCUAAUUCGAUUCAGUUCCUCGGCGAAGUUCAAACCAACGAUAAAGAAAACAACGACGAACCGCCGUUAAAAAAACCAAUAAAAAAACACGUUCGCAAGAAUAAGAAACAAUUAAACGAAGAACCGGAAAGAGCUAAUCGAAAAGAAGUUAAAGUACAAAAAAUGAAGAAGCAGUAAGAAUCGAGGAUCGCUAAAACAAGAUCAUUUUCGACGUUAUGAAAAAUGCAUUGCAACUUUUUAUAUCGAAUCAACAAAAGCAAUGAAUAUAUAUCUUG